AUGCUGGUGCCUAAGAAAAUGAUCGCAGGAAAUUCGACCUUGGUGACAGAAUUUAUUCUCUUGGGACUGACCGAUCGUCCAGAGCUUCAGCCCGUUCUCUUUGUGCUGUUCCUGGUGAUCUACUUGAUCACUGUUGGUGGGAACCUUGGGAUGAUGGUCCUGAUCCGUGUGGAUUCCCGCCUCCACACGCCCAUGUACUUCUUUCUUGCCAGUUUGUCCUGCUUGGAUCUCUGCUAUUCCACCAACGUCACUCCCAAGAUGCUGGUGAACUUCUUAUCAGAGAAGAAAACCAUUUCCUAUGCUGCUUGCUUAGUACAGUGCUAUUUUUUCAUUGCCAUGGUGAUCACGGAAUACUAUAUGCUAGCUGUGAUGGCCUAUGAUAGGUACAUGGCUAUCUGUAACCCGCUGCUUUACAGCAGCAAGAUGUCCAAGGGAGUGUGUGCUCGCCUCAUUGCAGGGCCCUAUGUCUACGGGUUCCUCAGUGGCCUGAUGGAAACCAUGUGGACCUAUCGCUUGACCUUCUGUGGCUCUAACAUCAUUAACCACUUCUAUUGUGCUGACCCCCCUCUCAUCCGCCUCUCCUGCUCAGACACCUUCAUUAAGGAAACCUCCAUGUUCGUGGUAGCCGGGCUUAACCUGUCCAGCUCCCUCCUCAUCAUCCUCAUCUCCUAUCUCUUCAUUCUCAUUGCUGUCCUUCGGAUGCGCUCUGCCGAGGGCAGGCGCAAAGCUUUCUCCACCUGUGGGUCUCACCUGGUGGCGGUGACUGUGUUUUACGGGACCCUGUUCUGCAUGUAUGUGAGACCUCCCACGGACAAGUCAGUGGAACAGUCCAAAAUCAUUGCUGUUUUCUACACGUUUGUGAGCCCUAUGUUGAACCCCAUCAUUUACAGUCUAAGGAACAAGGAUGUAAAGCAAGCUUUUCGAAAACUGAUUGGAAGAAAUGUGCUCUCCAAAUAA